AAAACUCCGCGAGUCAAUUCCACAUCUCGACCCUUCUUCUUCUUCUUCUUCUUCUUCCUUAGAGAGAUCCAUCACAAAGCCGUCUCGAGAGAGAAGGAGAGAAUUAAUAGAAGAUUCCUUGACUCCCAUCUAGAUCCUCUCUUUCUUCGCAGUCAAGAAUUUGGGUUUUCUGAAUUUCGAUUUAGAGAGAGAUGGUAGGAGCAACAGAAGAAGUGGAGUUAAAUAGGCUUGAAAAUCAAGUUGAUAAUGGUGGUGGUGGUGGUUGGGAAUAUCUUUGUCUUGUUAGAAAACUCAAGGUUAGGCGUUCUGAUAAGGUUUUGAAACAUGGGUUAUCAAUCUUAAAUGAUUCUAAGAAGCGAUCCAAACUUGGUGGAGAAGAGUGGACUCUUUACGAGCAGGUGGCAAUCGCAGCUAUGGACUGCCAAAGAACUGAUAUUGCAAUGGAUUGUGUAAAGGUUCUACAAAAGAAAUUCCCUGAAAGCUUGAGAGUUGGCAGGCUAGAAGGUAUGUUGGUAGAAGCAAAGGGUUCAUAUGAAGAUGCAGAUAAUAUUUAUGAAGGCCUUCUAGAGGAUAACCCGCUUGAUCAAGUGAUUCACAAGAGGAGAAUUGCCAUGUCGAAAGCACAAGGGAAUAUCUCAGAAGCUAUCACCCGACUGAAUAAGUAUCUGGAAAUAUUUAUGGCAGAUCAUGAUGCUUGGAGAGAACUUGCUGAAAUCUAUGUUUCACUACAAAUGUAUAAGCAAGCAGCUUUCUGUUACGAGGAGUUGAUAUUAUGUCAACCCACAGUUCCUUUGUACCAUCUAGCAUAUGCCGAUGUACUUUACACAAUUGGGGGUCUAGAGAAUCUUCAAAAUGCUAAAAAAUACUAUGCUUCUACCAUAGACUUGACCGGAGGAAAGAACACCAGAGCACUUUAUGGUAUCUGCUUGAGUAGCUCUGCCAUUGGGCAGCUGACAAAAGGCUGUAACAAGGAAGAGAAAGAAGGGACAGAGCUGCAAUCUCUGGCUGCAACAGCCUUGGAGAAAGACUACAAGAAGAGAUCUUCCAACAAGCUUCCUCUGCUUACUGCCACCCUAAAAAAUUUGAAGCUUUAAUCAUCUUGAUUGUGUUACAUCUUCCAGAUUUAUAAUUUGGUAAACCAACAUCUGCGAAACUGCACGCAGUUGUCCAAAUUGGUUGUAGAUCAACUGAAACCAAUUUUCGAGUAUUCUACUCUUUUCUUUUAUUCUCUUCUAAUUCAUAUCAGUUUGUGCUGUAAUUUUUCAGAUAGUAUUUUAGGAUAACUAUGGAAGGUUCUUUUCCAGCUUAAUCUUUUUUCCCUUUCAAUUUCCUCUGUGAAAGAAUAGAUUAUUUGACAUUUUUAAAUGAGAAAGUGGUGAAUUGAAAGUCCA